CAAAGAUUUGGGAGGAUGGGGAGCGAAAGGGACGCGUGGAUGCAGAGAUCAUAAGGAGUAUCCUCGAGACUGCUGUGCAAUAACGCCGGAAGAUGAAAUCGCCUGGAUGUGGAAAUUCUAUGCUUUUCUUGGAAGAGCUGAUAAUAAUCUUUCAACUAGACAACCUAGGACCUUGAACUUGGCUAAUCCAAAAGAAAAAGAAGUGUCUUACUGGCUGCUUUUGACUUUUCUGCUUAUUUUAUGUCAAAGAAACCGAAUUAUUUUGAUUUUUACGCUAUUCUUACAUUUCUGCCCAUUGCUGGAUUUUAAUCUUUUGCAAAUUUUGGAAAGUUAAUUCGGAAAUUAAAGUAGUGAAGUCAACUUAAAUUGGAAAUUUCAAUGAUUUUCACUUUAUAGUAGCCCUCUGCCUUCGUUGGUUCUUUUGCAUUUUAUGCCAUUGCUGGUCGCUUUUAUUUUAUGAAAUAGUAGCUUCUCAGCUUAUUAAAUUCUUUGUGAGGAUUAUUAUCAUAGCUUUUAACCAUGUCUAAGAAAAGCCGAUCUCAGUUUUAUGUGGACACUCCUCCUCUCGGCCGUGACCUACCAUCGCAACGACACAGUAUGUACGUGAGUCAGUCCGAAGUGGAUCAUUAUCCGAAACAAGAUCUGUCGUCUGCAUCCUCCUCGGCCACACUCCCCAGCACUGCAGGGUCAGUGGACCGGCUCACCGGGUUAGGUGAAAAGAAAAAUCCACGUUUCUUCACCUUGAAACCGAAGACCUCGUUUUCUCUGAGGCCUUUCUUCUCUUCCACAUCUUCGCUCUCGCCUUCCAAGAAAAACCGCCGCAAAUCCAUCGAGACGACCUAUCCUUUACGCGACUCGUACGUGCAGACGGACCAAGACGAUCGCGCUUACGACGAGGUCGGGGUUCAGACGCUGAACGCCUCCACGGUCGACGUACCGGUUCAGACCUGUUUCCGUGAGUGGGAAGAGGAUGACAGGUACAGUUAUUACAGCAGAAGACCCUUUGCCGUCGGAGCCCACAGACCUGGAUUUUAUCGUUUACCUUCUGCUGGAUAUUCAUCGAGUGCGCCCACCACCCCAGUGUUGAAACCCACCAAAAGUGAGCCUUCUAAUCCUGCCAGCACUAAAAAUUCUGUUGUUGCUCCUUUGGUUUCGUCUAAGCUCUUAAAAUAUGCUGCACCCGGUGACUCUUCCACCUCCCAUUCUGAAAAGACAUUAACCACGUCAGGCACUCAGCAUGAUGUAAACAACGCCAUAACUGCUAAGCCUCAAGAAACUUCUGUUGUUUCUACGCCACAGCCAGCUGCUGAGCAUUCUCCUGUUAGCAAACCUACUUCCUCUGCGCCAUUGGAUACUGUGAAUUCUGUAUUCCAGGUAGACGAAUCUGUGCAAAAAAGUCCAAAAUCAGAAAAGCAUACUACCUCUCUACCACCAAUUUCCGAGGAUAACAAAGAAACGUAUGAUAAUACAGAUGAACCAUCUGAAGUAAGUUCUGGAAUUCGUGUAAUAUCACAUGCUGUAAACGUUCCUCCGUCUGUUUUAAAAGUCGAGAGAACUGAUUCACCUGUGAGACAUUCUGCUAAAAUUAAAACAGUUCAUUUUGAUCUAUCAGAUUCCGAAUCCCCAAAGCAGUCUCCUAAAAUUGAAAAGAAAUCUAUUCCUAGAAAUAUCGAUAAAGAUUUCAUUGCUUUGCUAAAAGAUUUGGAUAUUUUAACUGAUAAUUCAAACGAACCGACUGAUGAUUCUAAGGAUAAUAAGCUGAAAAUUUCUUUUAAUGCUAUUCCUGAAUCUGCUCCAAAACAAACUAUUUUAUCUUCUAAACUUAGAUCAGCAUUUGAUAUUCUGCAUCAAGAUGUUCUCCCGCCUAUUUUAGAGCAUUCGAAUGAGACCUCCGAAGUAGAACCACAAGUUCCGGAAAACAGUAACGAAGAAUUAAUAAUUAAACCCGAAACGACUAAAGAAAACGAUUCGAGAACUAACGUGCCAUUAUUACAGCCAAAAGCUGACUCUGCUGUUAAUUUACAGGAAAAUAUAUGUUCAUCUCCUCCUACUGAACUGGAUAAAGAUGAAAAUAAACUGAAAGCCGGCGAAGGCGUUUCUCCGAAAUCUACGUCACCCAUCGUAUUUACAUCUUCUAAAUCUGACUUGGAUGCGGAAAAUUGCAAUAACCGCGAAAAUGUUUACGAUAACAUAAUUAAAAGAAAUACGUCUGAAAACGUAUCUUUGCCAACUUUACCAUCGUUUUUUGACUCUUCCCCAAAGUAUACCAAACCGUCUACUGUGUUAGACGUGGUUGAAAAACUUUCUGAAUCAGUUGUACCUUUUGUACCUGUUACAGAUAAUCAAGAUACCAGUGAAGAAAAAAUGUUUUCUAGAUCUAGUUCAAGAAGUAGUGUGAGGAGUAAUUCAAGAUCGGAUUUCAAUCCUAAGCAGUUUGACUCUUGCGAAAAUCUUGAACAGUUAGAAGAAGAAAUUAUUAAAAGCUUAUGUGAUCCUAUUAUUGAUAAUUUUGAUACAAACAUCAUGGCUCAGUCGAAUUCUCCUGCAACAUUUGAAAACAGAUGUCCUAGUGCGGCACAAAUGAGAAGUGCUAUUCUUGAUCGAUUACUUAGUGGUGAAAGUGCAGAUGCAAUUAUUCCUAGUAAAUGUGCCGAAUCUCCUAACCCAUAUCAGGAUAAUACAUUAGGUAGUAAACACAUCGCGGUUUCACCAAAAUUUCAGAAUUCUAGUUAUGAUAGUCCGUUCCAAUCACCCGUUCCCCCUCAAACGGAUAGUUUUAAAAAUUAUAAUCCUGUUAAAAAUGUAGUUGGAACACCUAAAAAUAAUUCUGCAUUUCUUUUUCCAGAAAAUAAUGCGCUGAGGCCUGGGGUUGCAGAACAAUCAGCUGCAGAUGCGCCAUUGCUAGCUUCGGCAACUAAUGCCAUUUCUGAUGGUAAUUUCAGUAAUAUAUCUUUGCAAUCUACUCCAGUUCAUCCGGAGAUAAGCGAAAAAGGCUCUAUUUCUGAUGACCCAAGUUCUAAAAAUUGCGAUUUCACAAAUUGCUUACGUCCAUCAGAACUUCAGAACAGCCCAUUUCUCAACAAAAUCAGUUCCAGUUCUAUGGCAUAUAGAGUGUCUCCUGAAAAAGUCCAUACUCAGCUGAUUACUCCAGCACCAUAUGUACCUCGCUCUGAAAGCAAUGAAUCAAAAGUUGCCAAACCCAAUGGCCAGUGUGAUUAUGCCAGCUGCUUAAAGCCGUCUCAGGUCCAAAAUAGUUUGUUCACUGCUGAACUUUCUGAGUUAACGGCAAAUAAGCAUGGUAACGAUGUUUUACGUACUAACAGCCCACUAACAGCGCGUACUAACAGUCCUAUAUUUCGAAAAUCCAGCAGCUCGCCUACAGUCUUAAGGAGCACUGAAAAUAUAGUUUUAAAAGAAAAAACUCCUGAGCAAGAAAAAUCCCAUAAAUCUGAAGUAACAAUUAUAUUGAAAACUCCAGAACCAAACAAAACUCCACUUCCACCAAAAGUUAAUGAAGAAAUCUUGGAUGAUGGAGUGAUAGAGUUGCCACCUGUUUUUUCUACGAAAAAGGAACCACUUUGUAAUUAUUCAGAAAUGCAAUCUGUAAUCCAAGCAGAAUCGCCGACAAAUAUGGCAAUAGAAUUAGUGACAGACGAUUUAUCUCAAGUUCCUCCACCGCCGCCGCCACCACCACCACCUGUUUCAAAGCUGAAAACGAGAGAAAUGAAUUCUAAUACUAAUGUAAAUUCUUUGGAGUCGAUGAUUCGAAAUGCUCAGUCAAAUUUAGUUAAAACAGAAACUCCAACUGAACCCAAACUUCCAGCUCCGAAAACACCUGUUAUGAUGGAACUUGAAAAACACUUUGAAACUCAAAGAAGAUAUAGUGCUGAUGCCGCACAAAAUCAAGAUAGAAGAGGUUGUGCUAAAACUGAAUUAGUCAUUUGGCCAAGUCCUGUAAAACGAACUGUCAGUAAUGGAGAAACUUCUUACAUGAAUCAGACUUCUCCGAAUGCAACAACAGAUGUGUACUAUAAGAGCAAUGGAUACUCUACACAAACAAAAGAACGUAGCUCGUCGUUACCAAAUGGGAAAAGUGAGAAUGCUUUCAAUGGCAGAGACCAUUCAUUUUCAUCAAAAACAAUUCUUACAGAUGAACCUCCUCCACCUGGUGCUGUUUUGUUAGACAAAAAGGUAACUGUUGAUGGAGAUAAAGUUCAUACUGAUAAAUACUAUGCCAUUCCUGUUAAGGAAAUGCUAAAGGAAACAACAACAACAACAAAAUUUAUCCCUGCUCCUCCUAAAUAUGAAGGUAUAGGACCUACUGAAGAUGGUAUUCCUAUUGGUCUUCGGAAUAGUGUAAAGAAAGAAAAUAUGCAUAAUUGGUACAAGACGAUGUUUAAAUCUCUUCAUAAAGUUGAUUCAGCUCUUGAUGGCCAAGAAUAUACAGUUGGUUAUAGUUCUGAACCUGAAACAAGUAGAAAAGAUAAGUCUUUUCAAAAGAAAUCUGCUACACUUGGCAAUCGAUCUGGAAAUAAUUCUUCAAAAACUACUGAUAGUUUGUAUAAACAAAAUUAUCCACCAUCUGCAAAGUCAUCCAUUGAAGUAUAUAAUGUUCGACCUCGUCUUAUCGAAGAUUAUGAACCUGGAAAUUCUUCUGUUACUGAUGAUGAAAUAACUUAUGGUUCCAAGAGAUAUCUUCCACCAUUGAAUGCUCCCAAACCUUCAUAUGAAUUCAAGAAUGGCUAUGAACAAGAAAAUAAUUUCAUAAGGAAUUUAUCGCUGUCAGAUGGUCCAGAUCCUGAACAGCAAAAAGUAUGGUAUAAAGAAAUACAGAAAGGAGGAGAUGUUCCACAAUUUGGCCUUGGAAAACCUGCUCCUGAGAGACCAAAAGAGCCAGUUAUUGGACCACUUCCACCUCCUCCUUUGAAUUAUAAUGGACCUACCAUAUGUCAAGCAACAAGGCCUUCAACUUUGCCCCCUAAUUACACAACUGAUAGCAAUUUAUGUCAGCAAUCAAAUGGGCCUUAUGAGAUUCAGAUGAGACAUGCUAUUCACUCAGAAAUGCAACACAGAUUAUCUCCAUCAUCCAGCCAAUUGUCUUCUCCAUCAAGAUCUAUAUUGAAAUCUCCAUCCAGAUCACCAGAUUUAAAACUUCUUGCUCGAGCUUUGUUUGAUUUUAAUGCUGAAAGUGCAAAAGAGAUUUCAUUGAAAAAAGGAGAUGUAGUUCUUAUUUCUCGACAACUAGAUAAGAAUUGGUAUGAAGGAGAAAAGAAUGGAUCCAUUGGAAUCUUUCCAAUUAGUUAUGUUGAGAUUGUACCUCUUGAACAUACUUCCACACCUAUUAAAUCAUUUACUGAAGGGUCAGCUAAAGUUCGAUAUGACUUUACAGCUCAAACAUCAGUUGAAUUAUCUGUGAAGAAAGGAGAUCUUCUGAAUUUAAUAAGAAGGGUAGAUGCUAACUGGUAUGAAUGUCGAUUCAAUAACAAAAAAGGUAUCAUUCCAGCAUCAUAUUUGCAAAUCCUUCAGGAGCCAUCUGAGAAAAGUGCAUUACCAACUCCUGUUGUUACUCCAACUCCACCAAAAUCAUGUCUAAAGUCUCCAAGGAGCAGUUCUGAAACAAACUCCAAUUCUUCGUCCCCUUAUUCAAAUAAUACUAGAAGCCCUUCAGUAGAAAGUGCAAUCCAUGUAGAAACUGCAAGAUCUAAACUUCUUGCUCGUGGGAAGAAAGGAUAUAGUCUCAUGGAACCAAUUUUAUAUAAAGCCAUAUACAGCUACAAACCUCAAAAUGAUGAUGAGCUUGAGCUGAAUGAAGGAGAUAUGAUUUAUGUCGUGGAAAUGUGCGACGAUGGAUGGUAUGUUGGUACUUCAGUUCGUACUGGUGUGUUUGGAAUUUUUCCUGGAAAUUAUGUGGAGAAAGCAUAAAUUUUACCAGACUGACCUAAAAGGACUUGUGAAGUGCCUUUUUCUUCCUCUCUAAGACUGUAGUGUAUAUGCUAUGUGGUGCUUCUGCUAAUCACAAAAAAAAGAAAUGUAAAUACUGUAUAAUUUCAUAAUUAGUAACUAAACUGUUAACCAUUAUAGAUUUUUUAUUACCAAGCUUCUAAAUAGAUUUAAAUUAUAAGUGAAAUAAACUUUGCACUAAAAACUGC